CUGGAGGUAGCAGUCUGGAUGCCCAUUAAAGUUUUAUCAGAAGGUAGAUGUGCACAGCCAGAGAAGAUGGUAGGUUGGCUACGUGCUCUGAGUCUCUGGGAGAAAGAAACAUAUUAAUGACAAUCAAAUAAGGGGAAAAAAUGGUGGACCAAUGGCCCAUAACCAACAGUUCACCAUAAUAUCUAAUAGUCUAAUGAGGCAAAUCCUAUAAAAGGUCUGAUGUGGGGACUGUGUAAAACAACAAUGCUCUCCCUCAAAGUACCAUUGUGUAGACGGGAGAAUCCUCCACUACAAAGUCUCUGAUUCUCAACAGAGGUACGCUCCAGAGAGUAAUUCAUCCUUUCUCUUAAGCCAUGCUGAAUCAAACCUCAGUCACUGCAUUUCUCCUACUGGGAGUCACAGACAUCCAAGCACUGCAGCCUUAUCUCUUCGUGGUUUUCCUUGCAAUUUACGUGGUCAGUGUGGCUGGCAAUGGAGCAGUCCUCCUGGUUGUCGUCUCUGAUCCAAGACUCCAUUUACCCAUGUAUUUCUUCCUGGGAAAUCUGUCGUGUCUAGAUAUCUGCUACUCCACAGUGACACUGCCAAAGAUGCUGGAGAACUUCUUCUCUACACACAAGGCAAUUUCCUUCUUGGGAUGCAUAACCCAGCUUCACUUCUUCCACUUCCUGGGCAGCACGGAGGCCAUGCUGUUGGCCGUGAUGGCCUUUGACCGCUUUGUGGCCAUCUGCAGGCCACUGCAUUACUCUGUCAUCAUGAAUUACCAGCUCUGUACCCAGAUGGCUGUCACAGUCUGGACCAUUGGUUUUUUCCAUGCCCUGUUGCACUCCAUGAUGACCUCUCGCUUGAACUUCUGUGGUUCUCAUCAGAUCCAUCACUUCUUCUGUGAUGUCAAGCCUUUGCUGGAGUUGGCCUGCGGGAACACGGAGCUCAACCAGUGGCUUCUCAACACGGUUACCGGGACCAUUGCCAUGGGCCCCUUCUUCCUAACACUUCUCUCCUACUUCUCCAUAAUCAUCUCUCUUUUCUCCAAGACCCACUCCUGUAGUGCGCUCCACAAAGCACUGUCCACGUGUGCCUCUCACUUCAUGGUGGUCAUUCUUUUCUAUGCUCCUGUUAUCUUCAUUUACAUAUCUCCUACCUCAGGCAGCUCCAUGGACCAGGACCAGGUCGCUGCCAUCAUGUACACUGUGGUCACUCCUAUGUUGAACCCACUGAUCUAUACACUGAGGAACAAGGACGUGAAGGCUGCCUUGAGUAGUGUCUUCAGUAGGAGGGGCGACCUGAACACAUCUAGAGCACACUUCUAAGACAGGAAGCAAUAGGCGAUGAUAAAGUUGGUAUGUGAGGUUAGACUGCUUCUCAGAUCAU